AUGAUGAUUCGCAAGCAAGCCAGGCAACGGAGAGACUAUCUCUACCGUCGCGCCGUCCUUCUACGAGAUGCCGAAAUCAGCGAGAAAAGAGCCAAAAUGAGGUCGUCCCUUGCAUCGGGCAAGCCUCUAGACCCUACCAUUGCAAACGAUAAAUCUCUCCGUAAAGACUACCAGUACGACGAGUCGGUCGAGAAGUCGACGGCGGAGGAGCUAGACCUAGACGACGAGUACGCCCAACUGUCUGGCAUUGUCGACCCGCGCAUCCUGGUCACGACCUCGCGCGACCCCUCCGCAAGACUGUCCGCAUUUGCCAAGGAAAUCCGCCUCCUGUUACCGACUGCGAUCCGAAUGAACCGUGGCAACCUCAUCCUGCCCGAGCUCGUGCGCUCGGCCAAGUCGUCUGGCCUGUCGGAUGUGAUUGUGCUGCACGAGCACAGAGGCACACCUACAGCGAUGACGCUUUCGCACUUUCCCCACGGCCCGACUGUGUCCUUUUCUCUCCACAACGUUGUGUUGCGACACGACAUUCCCGGCAGCGUGCGCGGCACCGUUAGCGAGUCGUAUCCCCACCUCAUCUUUGACGGAUUCACAACGCCGCUGGGCAAGCGUAUCGUCAAGGUGCUAAAACAUACCUUCCCGCCACGGGAGCCAAUCACUACUAAAAAUAAAAUGGGGAGCCGUGUGGUGACGUUUAAGAAUAUCGACGACAGCAUCGAGGUACGACACCACGUGUUUGUGCGCACUGGGUACGACAGCGUGGAGCUGGCAGAGGUUGGCCCGCGGAUGACAAUGCGACCUUUUGAGAUUCGUGCAGGCACAUUGGAAAAUAAGGAUGGUGACGUGGAGUGGCACUUGUCGCAGUUUACCCGGACGGCGAAGAAGAAGAAUUAUCUGUGA